GGUUCCUAUCUGCCUGUCUUCCUCCCGCCCUCUAUGGGAGUCCCAUUGUAACGGUAUAGCGGCUGACAAUGAGACGGCAAUGCAGGGCUAUUCAUCCUCCACGUACUGCAAUCCGACACGGGUGGACCGAAACGGCACAGGAUCAUCACCCCAGCCCAAAACAAAGGCAUUCUAGAAGACCUGCCUGAACUGUAGCCUCUUCACCAGUCUUUUCGGGAUGGUGUUGGAAGGGAGUACAGAUCUGGUGAAGUCCCAGACUUUGGAUCUUCGGCGAUCCUGUGCCAAGAACUCACAGCUUGUCUCUUCAACAGCUGAGAAUUUCAUUCUGGGGAAGGAAGCAGUAAAAUAUGGAGAACUUAUCGUCUUAGGGUACAAUGGUUCCUUAGCAAAUGGUGACAAAGGGAGGAGGCGAAGCAGACUAGCCUUAUACAAACGGCCAAAAGCUAAUGGUGUUAAGCCAGAUGUAAUUCAUCAUGUGUCUACCCCGCUGGUGUCCAAGGCCCUGAGUAACAAAGGACAGCACAGUAUCUCUUUUACUCUCUCUCGGAGUCACUCAGUCAUUGUAGAAUACACUCAUGACAGCACCACAGAUAUGUUCCAGGUUGGACGAUCAACAGAAAGCAUGAUUGACUUUGUAGUAACGGACACAUCCCCUAGUGGAAGCUGCAAUAAUGAGGGGCAGUCUGCACAAAGUACUAUCUCUCGCUAUGCUUGUCGAAUCAUCUGUGAACGAAACCCACCCUACACAGCAAGGAUCUAUGCUGCAGGCUUUGACUCUUCCAGAAACAUUUUCCUUGGAGAGAGGGCGGCAAAAUGGCGGACUCCUGAUGGACUGAUGGAUGGUCUCACAACAAAUGGAGUACUCGUGAUGCAUCCGACAGGGGGAUUUUCUGAGGACUCUUCCCCCGGAAUGUGGCAAGAGAUAUCAGUCUGUGGAAAUGUCUAUGCCUUGCGCGAGAGCAGAUCAGCACAGCAGCGGGGGAAGCUGGUGGAAAAUGAAUCCAAUGUGCUUCAAGAUGGGUCCUUAAUUGAUUUAUGUGGGGCCACUCUGCUUUGGAGGACAACUGAAGGAUUGCAACAUACCCCAACGUUAAAACAGCUAGAAGCGUUACGGCAGGAGAUCAAUGCUGCACGACCCCAGUGCCCUGUGGGCUUCAACACACUGGUAUUUCCAAGCUUGGCACAACGGGAAGUAGUAGACAAGAAGCAGCCCUGGGUUUAUGUAAACUGUGGCCAUGUUCAUGGCUAUCACAACUGGGGAUUUCGGAAAGAGAAGGGCACCAAUGUCAGGGAGUGCCCCAUGUGCCGCAGUGUAGGGCCUUAUGUCCCACUCUGGCUGGGCUGUGAAGCAGGUCUGUACCUUGAUGCAGGACAGCCCACCCAUGCCUUUGGUCCCUGUGGCCAUGUGUGCUCUGAAAAGACUGCUAAGUACUGGUCUCAAAUCCCACUGCCACAUGGCACACACGCUUUUCAUGCUGCCUGUCCCUUCUGUGGUACGUGGUUAACAGGAGAACAUGGAUAUAUUAAACUGAUAUUCCAAGGGCCUGUUGACUAAAGAAGAUAAAUGAAUAAAUCUGUAAAUAAAAUGAA